AGUGUGGUUAGGGUUAGGUUUAACAUCUGAUUUUAUGAAUAUCAAUUUUAGAAAUAGGCGGGGUUUAUCCAUAAUAAUGACUUUGUGGCUGUGGUAACUUGCAGUUUGUGGGAGAGCCGAGGCAGCUAAAAUGUCUUGAUUACAAAUAGUCGCUUUGUGAAAUAGAAUUAGAUGACUUGUUACAUAGAUGAAACGCGUUGAUAUUUAGCUCCUCUUGUUGUGUCAACAUCGUGAUAGUUUUCGCUAGGUAUUGUUGAAUGACUUGUGACAUUGUCUAACGUUAAAGUGCUAGCAAGCCCAGCUAGAUGCUAUAGUACUCCAGGGAGACGUGCUAGCUAAUAUUAGCUGAACGUGGAGGCCGAACAAUCCAUCGUUCUUUAGUUUAGAUAGCUAGCUAAAUUUGCGUUUCAAAUUGUUACAAAUAUUUGCUUGUUACUAUGGUACAGUUUUCAUUAUAACUUAUAUUUAUUUUGGUCCAGGAAAAAAACGUUAUUUAUUAUCUUUCAUUGCGCAGCAAUUCUAUUUUAGUCCUGUUGCAGCCACUGAGGUAUAAUAAGGACGUUUGUAUCUGGAAGACAAGAGUCGCACAGUCAUGUAACUGUAAUGCAGCCAGGUCCAGGCAGCCAGGUCCAGGCAGCCAGCCAGCUACCUAAUGGAAAAGUGUGUGGGAGCAGAAAGAUCGAGGCAGUGACUGAGCUAAGAGAAGCUGACUGUACCAUGUAAGGAUGAGGAAUCCAUCAGCUGACGUUACCUCAGAGGGCUGCAGCCUGGAAAUGUAUGCACUCGUUACUGAGGUGUCUAACUGAUACAGUGCCAGCCCCUCUGAAGUAACACCAGACUGCCUUGAAGUGUUAAGAAAACCCAGCAAGACAUAGUCAUGUUGGAGGAGGACAUGGAAGUGGCCAUCAAGGUGGUGGUGGUGGGCAAUGGUGCGGUGGGGAAGUCCAGCAUGAUCCAGCGCUACUGCAAGGGCAUCUUCACCAAGGACUACAAGAAGACCAUCGGUGUGGACUUCCUGGAGAGGCAGAUACUAGUGAAUGAUGAAGAUGUGAGAUUGAUGUUGUGGGACACAGCAGGGCAGGAAGAGUUUGAUGCCAUCACCAAGGCCUACUACCGCGGUGCCCAGGCGUGUGUUCUGGUCUUCUCCACCACCGACAGGGACUCGUUCGAGGCGGUCGGCAGCUGGUGGGAGAAGGUGGAGCUAGAGGUGGGAGACAUCCCCACUGUCCUGGUGCAGAACAAGAUUGACCUUCUGGAUGACACGAUGAUCAAAAAUGAGGAGGCAGAAGGUCUGGCCAAGAAGCUCAAGUUGAGGUUUUAUAGAACCUCUGUAAAGGAGGACCUCAAUGUCAAUGAAGUUUUCAAAUACCUAGCAGAUAAGUAUCUGCAGCGACUCAAGCGGCAAACAGCAGAGGAGCCCGAGGCAGUGCAUACAGCAGGCAAUAAAAUUGGGUUCAUACAACAUAGGACAAAAAAAGCGUUUUCAACACCACAAGUAGUAACCUAUCUAGUCAGAACUCCAGCAAUGGCCGUGAAAUCAUCAGCUUGCGGCCCCACAAACAGAGGACCAAGAAGAGCAAAAACCUCUUCAGUAGCUGCAGCCUUCUUUAGAAUCAAUCCAUUCCCUUCAAUACUGUACGUUUUGACUGCCAUAUGUGAGGGAAAGAGUCUUGAUUGAUGAAUGGUUGUGUAUUAUAGGGGUAGAUUCUUUCACAGACCAAAGUCUGAAUAGAACACGGUAUGUUAUAUCAAUUUGAGCUCAACCUAGAUCUAAUCUGCACCUGCACAUUGUGCCUAUCAUGACGUUGAGCAUCUUUACAGAUCCAGUCUAACCUUUGAUUCGCAUGGAUAGAUGGGAGAUCUAAAGCACCAGUAUGGCAAAAGUAACAAUAGUCCUCCUGAUGGCUGCAAUGGAUACCAAAACCUAUGUUGUAGCAUGAAUGGAAUUCUUGAAGCUUAUCUUUUGGGAUAUUGAGGUUGGGCGUUGCAGGGUUUUCCCCAUUUACACCCUUCAACAUGUUGUAGGGAAGGGUUACAUUCUAGUUCACUAACAAGGCAUCUUUGUAUGUUCAUAUGUGAUUUUUACAGAUUACCAUUUGUGCAUUUGACUGUUCAUCUGUGCAAUAUGUUUAUUGUAAGAGAUAUACUGAUUAUUUUGUACCAUAUUUUGUUUAAAAUAUUAAUGGAAUAUGGUUCAAUCUAUGCUGUAUAUUGUGGAUAAAGACUUGGACAUAAUUGUUCAUUGUUUUCUGAAAGGUAUUUUUAUAUGAAUUUUAAGUGUUUAACAAAUGUUUGCAGAUAAUGACUUACCUAAAACGUAACAGUGCCAAAUAGUUUCUUAACUUCCUUUUAUUGUUGAAAGAAAUGUACAUAUUUUAAGGUGAAAGGUAGGAGUGAUUGGUAGUUGUAUGAGAAUACUGAAUUACAACAAAGACCAAUAGAAUGUGCUCUUAUAUUACCAAAUAAAAUUUGAGAUUCGCACAAUAAGCUCUCUACUUGAGUGACAAAAUUAUAAAAUGUACUGAUCUUAUAGAAUGGAUGAACCAGUGAAGAGUGUUUUGUUACACAUACAAUACCAAUCAAUAUAUAGGAUACUAGAAAUCACAAUUGUUUACAUAUUGCAGCAUUUAAAUCCUAUACAGUUGAAGUUGGACGUUUACAUA